AUUACAUGGGCUUACACACUAAUUCUCCUGAAAAUUCCUUAACCAACUUGCUUCACAAGUUUUCCCGCGAAAAAAAAAGAACCUAAAACCCUCUGUAACUAAAACCCACUCGAUUCCUUCUCGCCUUCUUGAAUUCGUGGUGUCAAGGAAUUUCGAUCAGUUCCACCAACUAACCAUGGCCGCUGCUUCGAUCUCAAAGUUGCGGUCCAUCCUUCUCCGCUCGGUGAAAUCCGCCGCCGCCUUCAACUCUGCCGUAGUCUCAGCUCGCUCCUUCUCCUCUUCUUCCGUCCCUCGCGCCCUCUUCCGCCCUCUCGCCGCCGCUCACUUCACGAAUUCCUCCUCUCGUUGCUACGCCACGGAGACGGACUCGUCCUUGCCUGGCGACCCGAGCCCUAAUUGGUGGAACAGGCUUCCGAUUGGCUUCGAUUCCGAGCAUUGGCUCGUGGUGAUGGAGGAGCCGGAGGGAAACCCUAGGAGGAAUACGAUCAUUAACGACUACAUUAAAACCCUAGCUCAGGUGGUCGGCAGUGAGGAGGAGGCAAGGAUGAAGAUCUACUCGGUUUCGACCAGGCAGAAUUUCGCAUUUGGGGCACUCGUGUCUGAAGAGCUUUCUUACAAGCUGAGAGAGUUGCCCAGAGUCCGUUGGGUUCUCCCUGGCUCAUAUUUGGACUUGAGGAACAAAGACUAUGGAGGGGAAACAUUCACUAAUGUGAGGCAGAAGCGGCAUAGGCAAGAAGCAGAAGAAGAAGAAGAAGAAGAAGACUGGGACUUGAAAAGUGAAAGUAAGACUGGUAGUACUUACAAGUGGGGAGGUUUGUUUCUGGAUUGGCAAUGGGAAGUAAGAGUAAGGCCAGUAUCUACAAAUUGAUAGGGAACCCUAGGGAGUCAAAGCUUGCUAGAGAUUACAGAGGUUUUGUUUUCUUAUCGGCCAUUCUGAUUACUGUGAUUACAAGAUUUGUCGUAAGCACGUGUUCAUGUUGUUGGAUUGUGAUUUUUUGUAAAUAAUUACAGCAUUGUACAAACAAGGUUCUUCUGAGUUUUAUGGAUUGGAUAAUAUAAUUGUUUGACCCUCCAACUUCCUCAGCUUAUUAUUGGUUCAGUCUAAAUGUAGCUAUGAGCCCAUAACCCUUUGUGAUUGUCAAUGCCAGCCAUUACCAGCCACUCUCCCUUUUUGCACAUCUAUUUUUUAUUUUUAAUUUUAUUUCAGUGGCUUGAGCUUUAUUUCAAUGAUUGCUCUCCAAGGAUUACAGCUAGCUUACACAUGAACAGAUGAUGGGUUUUCUUUCAAGAACAUAUCCUGAAAUUUAUUGAUGAUCCAUUUCAAGAAUUUUCUAAAUAAAUUAAUUCGAUUCAAGCGGAAUAGCUCUAGUGAGAAAUUAAACUAUCCGUAUUUCUGAUUCACGUCAAAUUUACCACCAUAAUUACGUCAAUUCAAUAAUCAUUGUGAUUUAUCUUGAUUUCGACUAUACAAUAUUUUCUCGGUCAAUUGAAAGAUUAAGUACUUAAUUGUACAUUCGUCUAAAUCGAAAAUUCCAAAAACAGCUGAAUUCAUGAACGUAUUAAUGUUGACACAUAAAUCAAAUCUCUUAUCACAUGGUCACUGGAGUUUAGUGCUGAGUAAUUCGUCUUUUAGCCAAACCCUAUAAAACAAAAGCAAAUCCGAUUCCCCUGGCAAACUCUUGUAGUUUAUGUGAAAACAGAGCAUCUUGGCUCUAGUGAAACCUGUCAUUAUUCUCCGAUCCCAAAUUAGUAGAUAAUCUUUCAGAUGAAUGAACGUUAAUUAUUAAG